UCCUCCCUCCCCCCCCGGUAGCAACUCUCACCUGCCCUCUUCUGCCGCCAUGUCAGCAUACGAUACCCACCAGAGACUGCGCACAAAGGCGAUCCGCCAGCUCAAGAAGAAGGCCUACGAUGAUGCAAUCAAGACGAUCGGAGACGGCUCGGUGCAGAUGCUUGAGGCCAAGGAGCAAGGAAGCGGUUGCGACUUGGCCGUCUACCUCGUAGACAUCUACACCCAGUCAGGCAAGCCGUGUGACGAAGAGAGCAGGAAGAGACUGGUACAAAUCAUCUCGCUGGCUGCCAACGAUUUCUGGAGGAAGAAGGUCAUCGACGCGGCAAUCAAAUGGUCGGUGCAGGCUUCACGCAACCCGGCAGGAGACAGUCAGCUUCGCCUCGCUAUCGCAGAUAUGUUGGCGAAGGAAGGAAGCUACUUUGCCGCAGAGGGGCACUAUAUUGCUGCUUGCGUAGCUCCCCCUGCCGGCUCGUCGGCUCACGUGCCGGAGCAUGCGCCAAAGUCGUUCGCGCUCAUGAUGAUCGAGUGGCUUGGCAGCUUCGCGCAGGAGGUGACCAAGCAGGAAGGAGAGUCAAGAGAGGCGGCCGUCGUUGAGAGGACAGAGUCUGGGCGAUUUGCAUUGCGAGCUGUGCUCCCCCUCCUCGGCCUUAAAGCUCCCGACGCAGCGAAAGGCUUCCUAUCCAUCUUCAUCUCACGUCUGAUGACCAAGCAUCCGAGCCUUCUCCUCCCCAUGAACCCCAACCCGCGCCCCUACACGACACCUGCAGGCGCAGAUUCCGCCUCGUCACCAGCUCCACCGCCCCCCAAGGGUCUUCAGCUUUACGUGACUGGGAAUCCGGACCUAAACUUCGCCCAAAUGGCCCUUGCACUCACGCUGCACGCCAUCUCUUCCGUCUCCAGCGGUAGCAGCAGAGUCCCGGAGGGGCUGAAGCAGGCAUGGAUCUCCCUCGUCCGCCAGUACGAGCGUGAAGGCGGAGAAGCGGUUCACGAGCCCGGCACAGGGGACGCCAUCAACAGUGUAUCGACUAGCUAUUUCCAGCUGCAAGCGCAGAGGCCUCAGGGAAACUUCAUGCAGGACAUGCUCAGUUCACUCAUGGGUGGUGGCGGGUCACAGCCAGGGCAGGGUCGUAUUGCGGGGGGUGCUGGAGGAGAGGAGGCGGAGAAGGUGCAGGCAUUGGCUAUCAAGCAGGCGCCUGAGCCGGAAGCGAAACAGGCACAAGGCGGGGGAGAGGGGGAGGAGCAGGAGGGGGCUAUUGAGGCUCCGGAGGAGGAAGAUCUCGACUGAGCCAGGGCGACAAUGCCACCACAGUAGCUCACGCGACACUCUCGUCGUUGCUUCUUGGCUUGGGUAUAAUACAAUUUGCACUUUGCGACGCCACAUUCUUCCCUAGAAUUGCGGCCUCCUCUUCCUCCCCGUGUACUUCGAGUUUUCAGGGACGUCCUUCUUCCCCCUCUUCUUAUAGAGCUCCUUCUUCCUCAUGAUCCAUUCCUUGCUGCCCUUUUCCAUCCCAAACUUGUCUUCUUUGGCGCGUUGCUUCUUCGACUUGCCACCACCCUUCUUGUCAAAUCGGCCACCUCGCUCUCGCUUCGACUGGAAUUUGGCUUGAGCUGGGCCUGCACGGGAAGGGCCAGCGCCGUCCUCAUCGAGGUCCUGCUCAUGUUCCGCCCUCAAGCCCUGCGGCAGCGCUUGGUCCUCAUUCAUGGCCACGUCCUGCCCAUACUCCUC